AUGAAUGAAAAGACCGCUCAGCCGCUGGAGGCAGUGUCCUUCAGAGCGACUUGUUCUGAAGCUACCAAACCAUACCGGAAACGCGAGCUCCUUAGCCAAUCGGAGGCCCGAGAAUCCAUCGCACUGUUUAUCGCGAGAGCUCGGCUCUUCCUUUUCCCUUUUCGCUUAGAGUCCAAGAUGGUAGGUGUCGUCAAUAGAAAUCUUACCUUUCGAUAAGUUGGCUAUCCACGAUCAUCCUCUGAAAUAAAGCGUCUCAUCUUCUUGAUAGCAUACAGAAUAGUUGCUUACACUUUAUAUGAUACAGAUCUGUCAUGAUUUUGUGAUAACUGAUCAUCUAUAUCCAACUAGCUAACCCUCUUUGGUGCCAUAGUAGUGCUGUCCGGGGAGAUAGCUUCGUGUUCUGGUGAUGAUCGGGUGUAGGCUUAGAAGUAGCUUUAAAUGCGGUAUAUUAACAAUUUAGAUUUUUCAGAUAUUCAAUAAUGUUUUUAAAUGGCAAACUGGGGAAUAUAUAUUUACGGGACUCUCUGCUAUGCUGUCUGUAACAGCAGCUAGCUGUGUAGUGUAAACGUGUGAACCGGCCUGUGCUAACAUGCUAGGAGCUGAUCAUGUUGAAUAUUGUAGAAUGAUGAGACACAGUGAGAAACUAGGAUUGUAGAAUUAGAAUUGUUGUUGAGGCCUAGUAUGUGAAAUUACACUAUAACAUAGGCUAUGGAGGCUGGGCAGUGUUAUUCUCAGCAGAUUUCCAUGUGCUGAUUGUUGAUAGUUUUAGUAAAAUGUUCUUGUUUCCACUUUACAGGGAGUUGACAUCAGGCACAACAAGGACCGUAAGGUGCACAGGAAAGAACCAAAGAGCCAGGAUAUCUAUCUGAGGCUCCUGGUCAAAGUAAGUCCUGUUUUCUCAUCUGCAAAUUAUCACCUGUUGCAAAAAGCUCUCAGGUGUUCACGUUGGUGUUUUAUCAUUUUAAUUAACUUUAAAACAGUUUCAUUUUGCUUCAUAUUAACCGUUCUGUUUGGCUCUCUCAGCUGUACAGGUUCCUGGCCCGUCGCUCUAAUGCUCCCUUCAACAAGGUGGUCCUGAGGAGGCUCUUCAUGAGCAGGACCAACAGGCCCCCCAUCUCCAUCUCUCGUCUGGUCAGUCUCAACAAUCUCUCCUUUCUGUCCUCAAUGAAAGAGUCCUGCUUUUUACUUGUGUAAAAUGUUAUACCCUGAGGCUGUGUUUAUAAAGAGUAGGUUAUUACUCUUUUUGUCACUGAAAUGCAUUAUUUAACCUAACUCAUGGUCAGUGUUAGGAUCACAAUGAUAUCUAAAAAUGUGAUGUGGUUGUUUUGAUAAAUUUAAAAAUCUGGUUACUGGGGUCAGUAUUAAAGCUGAUUUUAGCCUUCAAUAAAAAGUUAUUUUUACAUGUUUUGAUACUCUUAUGGCCAAGAGUAAUAUCCAGAGGAAGGGUCUACGUGUAUGUUUAGAUUUACGUGUUAAUAAGUACAACAUUUUGGUGACAACUCUUGCUUUUUGCUACUGAAUUGUUCACCCAGCAUAAAGCUUUGUAAUAGGUAACUUUAUAGCUUUUACAUUUACUUUGAUUAUAGCAUUUUUAAGGAUUGUGAUCUAAAGAGAAGAUAUUUAUUAAAUAUGGCUGUCUGAGCUUUUUUACAUGCCUUGACAAUGUCAACCUGUAUUUGGAAAAUGAAGAUUGAAUUUGUCUGCAGGUAUGCCUUUUUUGAAAAUUUAGUUUGUCAGAUGCAAAGAGCAGACCCAGAAAAAUUCUCUAGAUCUUUCUUUUCUUGCUCAUCAUGAGUGAUACCCAAACUAUAAUUUCUGUUACAAUAAUACCUUUUUUUCCAUCUCAUGCAGACAAAGUCUACUGUUGUGAUAAUGUUUUAUCACAACAGUAUAUCUCCAUUUUUCAGUCUUGUAUAGAAAUGAUCUAUUGAGCUCUGUGUGCUUGGGUGACAAGAAUUUAGAAUCUGUGAAGAAAAAAACCCUUGCAUCAAAUCAGUACAACUAGAUCUCAUUAUUUUUUACUGGCCUCAUUAAAUACUUUUGGAUUUGACCUUUUUCAAUGUUAAGGCCGUGUUCAAUGUUGAGGUGCUGUAUGUGUCUUGAAUGUUUAACAUGUAUGAACCUUGUUGGCUCUUUAGAUGUAUGAUUAAGCAUGCAGAAGUUUCUGACUGAGCUCUCAUUGCAUCCAGAUCCGUAAGAUGAAGAUGCCCGGCCGUGAGAACAGAACUGCUGUUGUGGUGGGAACUGUCACUGAUGAUGUCAGGAUUCAGGAUAUCCCCAAGCUCAAGGUAAGUCUUCUUCUUCUUUUUUAAGAAUGGCAAAGUUCAUCUGUGUUUUUUUUUUUCCUCAAACUUACUCCUGUAAUGUCGCUAGUAUUGACAGGCUGAGAGGUAACCCAAACACCCUGUUUGUUGUCACACAGAUCUGUGCUCUGAGGGUAACUGACGGUGCCCGCCGCAGGAUUCUGAAGGCAGGUGGUAAGGUGUUGACCUUUGACCAGCUGGCUAUGUCUGCCCCCAAAGGACAGGGCACAGUGCUGCUGUCAGGUAAAUACACUUGUGGAUUUAUAACCAAUAAUCAACAAAAUGAUCCAAUUUGAGUUGAUGGCAGCCAUUAUCUUGCUGGUUCUCGACACCUCGACUAUCAAAUGGGCACUACGCCAAAGUCAUUAUGUUUGUAUUAGUGUGGUCAUUUUGGCUUGAUGGGAGAAAUUGAAAACAGAACUUAGCUGUGUCUCUGUAACCUGUAUGGAAAGUGAUUUUUUUUGUUUGUUUGUUUUUUAAGAGCUCAUAUCUCGUUAUUUCACAUCUGUGUCUUAGUAAACUUAAUACUUGGCUGGAAUUUGUUUUUUGGUGCUUCAGUAAAUAAGAAAUCCAGCUAUGAGCCAAAAAGGGGAUUGUAACUAUAAUUGGGCCUGAUGAUAACCAAUAAUUUGCUUUAUCUGCAUUUUUAACAGGCAUGGUGGUCUUACCUAUGUUUUUUUGUGUGUAUUUAUGAAAUGAUUUUCAAACUUUUGGCCUUGCAAAAUAUAAAACUAGCCUCAUCAAAGGGUUCCUUUUUUGUGAAGGUUGAGGUGCUUGCAUAUAGCAAAGGCAGAGACACCCUUGCUUUUGUGUGUCUGACCAUUGUUUCUAGACUGCUUGGUCAACUUUCAGAACAAGUUUUGGUAUUAAGAUAUGCAAAUUAGCUUAAUAGAAGAUGCUGUAUAAUGUGUAACUAUAAAUAUUUUUUAAUUUAUAACCUGUUUUGCUCCUUAGGACCCCGUAAAGGCAGAGAGGUGUACAGACACUUUGGAAAGGCCCCUGGAACUCCUCACAGCCACACCAAGUAUGUGUACAGUCAGUGUGUUUGUUCUGUUGUCAAGCACGCAUGGAUGUCAGUGAAUAUAACACACAUUUCAAAAGUACCAUUGAUAGUAUUAAUAGUAUCAAAAAGAUUUCGUAGGACAGGAUGUUUUACAAAUAGUUAAAAUCAUUUGUCUUUUAUGUCAAGAAAAAAGACAAAUGUGUGAUAACUAUACACUAAAGAUAAAAAACAGUACAUUUAACACAGUAAAAAGCCUCAACUAUGUAAAUGUACCUGUAAGCAUAAUUUGAGGUCUCUGACACCCUGUUAACUCUGAGGCAGGUUAGCACCUAAGUCAGGGGACAAUCAGUAGUAUUGAGUUGAUUGCCUUUUUUAGUUGGGUGAAAUACCAGGUCAUGUUUGAAUGGUUUUGGUUUUAUGGUGCCAUCAGUUUGAUAUAAACUCUUCAUUUUUCUUCUUUAGGCCCUACAUCCGCUCCAAGGGCAGGAAGUUCGAGAGAGCUCGCGGUCGCAGAGCCAGCCGUGGCUACAAGAACUAGUCUGUGUUUUUGUUUUCCAUGCGAUCUGAUAAUAAAAGAUUGACUGUACAAAAUGAGUUGUCUCUUGUAUUUUGUUGGGUACCUUAUACACCACUAUCCAGUUAACAAGUCACAGAUGGUUUCACCCAGUUCAUUAACAAGAGAAGAAAACACUGCUAGAUAUUACACCAGUUCACUCACAUAAAUACAUUUACAACCACUUCCAGCUUCUACAUCCUUGUUUUCACAGCCUGGGCCUGCACCUGGGUUUGCAGGUGUAUUUUGCGUCAUAAAUGUGUUGAUCUGCAUGGAUAGGAACUGACUGUAAGAAAACAUGACUUGGCCAGGAAGUGGUGGGCUGUCAAUGAUUGGAGAAUGUCGGUGGGUGUUGCAAUGUUUUCCUUAUCGCGAUUGGAUUUCCUCUCCGCCGCUCAAAGCUGCUGCUCCUGCGUCUCCAGGCACUUCCUGCACAGAGGCACAGUUUACAGGACAGGCAGGAGACGACUGCCAGAGAGCCAAGAUGAGGUAAGUUAGUCCCUUCUGCUGUGAUCAAUUUUAAUUUUUUUUUCUCUGGUGCCGACAAAAGACAACUUAUUUACCCAUUUUCAUUUGACUCUACUUGACGGAACGAUAUUUUGACGCCUCUUUGCUAACGUUGCCAUCUGCUGUUAUCUGCGCUAACUUGGAUACCCCGUUAAAACUAAUCGAUAAAUGAGAUGUCGAAUGUCAGACGGGGUUAUUCUGUUUGCCCAUGACCACAGAUGAUGAUUUCAGGUUGGUUUGAGUUUAAAUUGUGUCAAAUGUAAGCUCAAACUUGGGCUACAUGUUGGGUAGCAACCCGCUAGCUGCCGCUAACUGACACCGAUGUGUUGUUGCGCUCGCCAGGCAGCAGUUUACAGUAGGUACUGUAAUCAUAACACAAGCUAGCGUUUGCCAACUAUUCGACUUAACGUUGGGGUUUUUAUCCCAUGUGCAACUUUAAUCGCUUUCUUCAUAGUGAUAAGUAAUACACGGGCCAGACUUGGUGAAAAUAGCUCCCCAGCUUGUAGAUAAGUGCCAAACUACAGCGAGAAUCAAGUUAGUCAGCUGGCUAACAGCCUUUCAACCUGCUAGCUAGCGUUGAGGUGGAUGCCAACGGUUAAGUAUAACGGUCGGACAGCUUCUACUUUAUAUCGUCGGGGUGAUCAGUCAAGCUGUUAUCACUACUGAUAAAUGUCGAAAGGGACGUCUAAACAGCUUUUGGGAUCAAAGUAUGAGCUAACUGAAAGUUGCCGAAAUUUCCCCCGAAGUCGCCCAACAACAGCAGACUCAUUGUUUCGGAGACGAAAUUAGCUCGCUGACAUUAGUUUGUGGGUGUCCCCGCCCUGCCUUUCACCUAAGAUGCAACAAUGGGCAUCAGUAAGGUCCUGCUUUACUGAGAUUUAUUAUCAACACCGGACAUCAGCCAGGUAUUGAUUUUGUCUGCUCCACAGCUUGCACAAUAUUUCCUGACUGUUAUAAAACUUCAAAGAGAAGAUGUGAUAUGUUAAAGUUGUUCAGAACUUUGGGGUUAAAAGGCCCUCCCCACUGAGCAUUUUUGGUCCAAUAGACUACCACAGGUCUAAAAAUUAAAGUUUUUAGACGUCUAAAUUUAGACCAAGUUUAGACUAGCCGGCUAUACUAUACUACAUUGUAUAUUGCUCAACAGCUAUCAUAAUUAUUUUGGUUAAGUUCUUGGAGAUCAGCUAUGCAACUCAGAGUUGCUUUUAGAAAUAAAUAGUUAUUGAAUAAUGGGUUUAAGUGCAAAGUCUUGAUUCUGUCUAAAAUUAUACAGAAUCUAGGCGGUUGAAAUUAGGCCUAAAAAAACUAGACAUCUAAUAGCCGUCUAUUGCUCAGUGGGUCCUUACUUCCAGCUUUGCAAUCAUUGUGAGAUGGUACAUUUAUACAUAGAAAAUGUAAACUAAUGAUAGUUGGUACCUAAUUGUAAAGAACAUUACAUUAAAGGGCCACAUCUCAAACAUUUCAAGUGCCAAAAAUAAUCAUUCAGUUUGUGAAAUGAUUUAAAACUUAUUCAGUAUUUUCAAUCAUGGAGCUACUUAGUUGUUUGGGUUUUUUAGGAGGGGGAUGUUUUUCUCCAAAGCUCCACAUUCCAGUGCCCAUUCAGGUCAAAAAUAUGCAGACUUAAAAUCUUAGACUCAAAUUGUGCAAUGCUGUUUCCCCAAAUCUUGUUCGACAAAAGCCCUUCACGUGAAAAUACCAACCACAUAUGGUCAUUAUUCUCAUGCAACCUUUCAUCCAUAGCAAUGUGUUUUCUCAGCAAGGCAGUUGAGGAUGUGUGAUUGUGAGUCAUUGUGUGCCGAGACAUGCACCCUAGGUCAAGGGGCAUAAUAGAUCUUUUAUUGCUUCACACUGUAACCCUAAUCUCUUCCUCUUAUCAUGGUGGUUCUGCCCUGUCCUUGUUCCUCUCUUGUUCUGAAAAUGUGAUAGAAAUAUUAACCUUUGCACUGGUGAAUUCUGGCUGAAUUUCAGACCCAAACAUUGUCUGUUAUUUGGCCCAGCGUUCUUCCAUUUUUGAUGCUAACUUCAGAACUUUUUGUGUUAUAAACUUGCUUUUUCCUGCUUUUUACAACUGGCUUUUGUCUACAUCUCCAUUUUUUUCUUGAUCCAGGAACAGAGAUCUUUGGGCAGGAACGUGA